AUGGUCUGUUUAAUCAGGCUUCAUCCUCAACAACCUCAAGAAGACCUUUCCUUUCCUCAUCGGACUACCAUCAUCCACACUCACACAUCACCAAAACAACACUCACCACCACCACCACCACCACCACCACCAUUCACCAAAAUGACUUCCACAACCCCCAACAACACCCGCGUGAUUCUCACCCUAUUCUCCCGGCUCGUGGCUCACACCCACGACCCCAAGGUCACCAUCAACCCCCCGAUCGUCAACUGCCACCUCUGCCUCGAAGACUCCGAGAUCCUCACCCCCCUCACCUCCGCUCACCCCCGAGCCACCACCCUCCCAGGCGUGGUUCUCCUUUGCGGCCACAUGGUCUGCAAGCCCUGCUUCAAGGGCUGA